AUGACAGAUAAUUCGUCUACAAAAGCGAGCGCAGCACAAACACCUCUAGAUCAGCUUGCAAAUGUUACAGCUUACAGUUAUUCUUCAAGAACGUUUGGACCUGCUACCACUGUCUCAAACUAUGUGCUACUCACGGUUAGCAUUGCAAUCGUUGUCAGUGAUAUUAUUGCUGUCCGGGUGUUAAGAAAAUGUCGACGUAUCCCGCGUCAGUGCUUGUUACUCUCCGUCAACUUCAUAGUCAGCGACGGUGUCAACUCUGCACUGUUUGCACUACACCAGAUCGCGUUGCUAAUGUUCAAUUUCUACAACGAUAUCACCCACUUCUCUAGAAUGUUCGGCACAGGACUGAUGAACAAUAUCACGUCAGCAUCUAUCACGGCAAUCGCCGUUGAACGGGUUAUAGCCCUGAAAGCCAACUUGCGGUAUGCGAAAUCUAUACGCAUGAGAAUUUUUAUGUGUGUAAUUGUAUUUGUGUGGGCUUUCCAUACAUCUGUUAUAGCAAGCACGAUUACCGUGAGUGUUGGCCUGCACUGGACCACAAUUGCACCUUCGGCCACUCCAACACCAGACAGCGUACAAGUGGUGAAUGUGGUGCUGACACUGGAUAUUACUGUUGAAGGCAAUCUAAAUGUUAGUGUAACAUAUGAGACAUACAGACUUGAAGUACAAGCUCGGCUAACGAUAAUAUACAUAGAGAAGCUUGGGGUUGUUACAGUCACCAUCAAGAUAAACAGUCUCAGUAUUGGGAGUCUGGUAGUGGAUUACGAUGUGGUUGUGCCAAAAACUUCACUGCCAGAUGUGGCAGUCGUUCACGCUGACAUUGCUUCAGGCAAUACAACAGUGCAAGUGUUUGGUGACAGCGUUCAUGCUAGCGGUAUUGUUAUUGACAACACAACAGUGGACGUAGGUGUGAGAACAACAGAAGAACAACUGUGUGAGAUAUACGAAGCAUCUGCUGGUGAUUGUGGAACAGAAUAUUUAUGUAGUGUCAGCAACGGUCUGCCAUUCUGCGAAUUACGACAUACUGAAGAUACGCUACCACUGAUCCUGGGACUUGGUAUCGGCAUACCGAUGUUUCUUCUCUGUGUGGCAGCGAUCAUACUGUUUAUUGUGUUCUAUCACCAUAGGAUCAGGAGAAAGCAAAGAGGAAUCUAUAGAGAUGACGAUGAAAGUAGCAGCUCAGUUUAUCAGGGAAGGAUACCGGUGCGGUUAUACACAGGUGCCAGAGGACAUUUUUACGGUCCUCAAGAUCUUCCUACGUUUCCGGACAAGAACGGAUACAGAAGUGAUUCGAGCGAACCUAACACAUUCUCCGAACACACAAUGUAUUAUGACAAUGCACCAAAAGCCGACCAAGAGAACCGCUUUACUUGGGACUUCUUGUUAGGUUUUACCCGGCCAGGAGAAAAGUACCAGAUAAGACGACCAAUGUUUGGAAGAGAGCAAGAAGGCCAAAACAAACAACAUCAUUAGUGACCUUUAGUGGACUUUUCGGACUUUUGCGAAUAAUCAGAUAUUUCAGGCCAAGCCAGACAAACAUUAGUUGCCAUAUUAAUCUUAAAUAUAUAUUGUGAAUGUGAAACUUUUAUAUAUAAUGUCGUUAAUUCCUUCUUAGAACAACAACAGUCAAUACUGACAACCUUUUAACCUACAUUCAGUUAUUGAUAAUUUAUCUGUCAUUUAUAAUUUAAUUAUAAUUGCUGGAUUGUGAAGUAAGCUUAAAGCUAUUAUGAGUCGCUCUCGAGACCAUUUUCUAGGAAAAGCCAGUCCUAGUUGCUUAGGAGAAGUGGCCGUCCAGAACCUAGUGAUGUUCUUUCUCUGGUUCCGACCGAUAGCUUUUCGACUCGAUCAACGUUUAUCUUUUUGAUACAUUGAUAUGAUAUACUAACAUGAAUAAAUGAGCCGUGCCAUGUGAAAACCAACAUAGUAGCUUUGCGACCAGCAUGGGUCCAGACUUGCUUACGCAUCCUCGCAGUCUGGUCAGGAUCCAUGCUAUUCGCUAACAGUUUCUCUAAUUCCAAUUCCGCGGAUGCGCAGUUUGGUCUGGAUCCAUGCUGGUCGCAAACGCAUGAUGUUGGUUUUCUCGCGGCAUGGCUCAAAUGUUUCUAAAUAUAAGUACUGUAAAUGGUUGAUAUUUCACAGUUGCACGUACCGGUGAUAUAAUAUUCUUUAAUUGUAGACUGUAAUUAAAUUAAAGCUCAUUUAUAUAUAAUGAUACUAGAUCUACAUUUUUAUGAAAUGCUACGCAAAACGUAUAUGUGUUCAGUUUUGAGGUGAGUUUGCGUAAUGUUCUAAUAGCUUUCAUCAAUUUUAAUCAAACAACGUGGCCAAGUCGUUAUGAAGACAUGUACGAACUUCUCAAACGCGUUCAUGUUGACAUAAAUAUCAUGACAGUGCUUUGUAAGUGAUCAAAUUAUGACAAUGCCAAUAGGAAAAGUUUUAUUAGAAUAUAUUAAAUAUAAAUAAAUCUAUAAGAAGAUCCUUCGGAAGCAUCUGGAUUAAUGUUAGUUUUAUUUAAGAGGAGCACCCGGGAAAAAUGUCCUUUUCGAGUGUUUUUUUGUUGUUGAUUAAACAGGAAAUAUUCUUCUCAUCUGUGUAGACAAUUUUACAAAAUUAAAACAG